UCGGUUGGUAAUUACCUCCGAGCAUUUGGAAGAGAGGAUGUGGUUUCAGUUUACACUGCCUCAUUCUUUUUCUUCUCCCUUUGGUCCCUUUUGGCCACUCAAACACUCCAUUUGCUUUUCGUCUCUUCACCGUCUCCUUCGUGCCAUUUGCAUGAGGAAUGUGAACAAAAGGAACAAAAUGAAGUGAGGCAGAUUACAAACAGCGAACAUUAACAAAGUGACAGGACACUUUUUUCCAAAGCAAUUUAUGGGGCAUUAAAGUAAUACAUUUUGUCUCUGCAUUGCUAACCAUAGCUCUGACAGUUGAGUUGUAAACAUGAUGUGCUUAAUAUGUCAUGUUUUUCCAUUACGACUCAAAUAAUUGAACCAAAUAUAACUGGGCAAUGUGAUAAAAUGAAUCAGGAAAAACAAUACCUUCCCAUCCUAAAGCUGUGUUUGUGCCACCAAUAGUUAAUGUGUUCUGGCUACAGUAAUGACACCACUUGCCCAAGUCCCUAACAUUUACCUCAUCGAUUUCUCUUUUACAUCAGACAUGGUUUUAGGUCAAUGUAAACGACAGACAGAUGUAGUAUUUUUUGUUAUGUUGUUCACAGUAUGAACAUUCAACUAAUAUAUUAUGUCAUGUUUGAUUGAAAUUUGUCUAAUGUGUGUAAAUGCAAAGUCAAAUUCUGUGUAUUGAGAGAAGAUUUGCAGCUGUGUUAUAUACUACUAAUAAAGCUCAAGGUCAACAAUGAUGCUUUUGUUUGCAUGUUCAAAAAGGGGUCCAGAUAACACGAGUUUUCCUUGUGCUUUUCAUAAUUUAAUUUUUUGAACAAAUGUUCUUUGACAAAAAAGCAGAAAAUGCAAUAAUAUUCCUUUGGCAGAAGCUUUUAUCCAAAGAGACCCACCAUGCAUUCACAUCUUACCUUAACAUGUCCCCUGGGAAUCAACUUGGCAUCUAAAAAUAUUUAUUUAAAUGUGGAGAAAAGGCUGUGCUGCUCUUGAGAAAUUAGGACUGUAAGUUUGCUUUAAUAAAAGCGUUUGGGAAUGACCAUAUGACCCCAUAGAUCAGAGUCUUCAUUAUGCUGAUGGGGGUCUUGUCCUACAUGAUUGUUAAAUCUUUACUGUAACCACAUGGUGCGCUUACGGGCCGCCCAUUAAAACCGCAGGGACGCAAACGCACAGGAUUGGAGGACACGAGCGCACAUUUCCACGCAGAGAGAAUAGAGAAAGAGACAGCCGGCAGAUGAGAGGUCAGUCGAAGACGGGUUGUUGAAACAAAUAUAUACAUACAAACACAAUAGAGAAGACAAACGUUCGUAAGCUGCGAAGUCAAACAUGGAGGCAACGCUCGCCGACUUUUCUGGCUCCUGGAAGAUGAAAAGUUCAGAAAACUUCGAGGAGUUGUUGAAAGCGCUCGGCGUAAAUGUCUUUCUGAGGAAAAUUGCAGUCGCGGCCGCCUCCAAACCAGCUGUUGAAAUUACACAGCAGGGAGAAAGCCUCUCCAUUCAGACUUCUACUAGCGUGCGGACCACUCACGUCUCCUUUACAGUGGGCCAGUCCUUCAACGAGACCACAGUAGAUGGACGUCCAUGCACUAGUUUUCCGAAAUGGGAGACGGACAGUAAGAUAACAUGUGAGCAGACGCUGCAGAAGGGGGAGGGCCCUGAGACAUCAUGGAUGCGUGAGCUGACCAAUGACGGACAGAUGAUAUUGACUAUGAGAGCUGGUGAUGUUGUCUGUACCCGUGUGUAUGAACGAGACUAAAGGAUCUUUACUCCACAGCUUAUUCCACAGCGAUAAUAAUUGUGUUAUAACAGUGUUAUAAUCUGCUAUUGUUUAUCAUCGUACAAAAGCCUUUUCAUUCCACUUUUAAGAGCAGCUUUUUUGCAUGUUUAACUUGAUCUGUGUGUGACAGAGAUGUAGAGAAAGAGUUUAAAGGAUAAGGGUGCUACUGGUCUGUGUCGAGUUCCAGUCAGUGUUUAUCUGACUAGCGAAUAUAUUAGAAAACUGUAUUUAUUGUUGUUGUCUGUGCA